UCAAAUCUGUCAAAGUGUCAUCUGUCAAACAUAUCGCUUGCUUGGAUUUAUAAAAUUUUAUUUAUCGUUUAUUAAUCAAAUUUAAAUAUUUUUAAUGUUUAAUUUAAUUAAUUACACCAAAUUACAAUCAAAAGUUUUAUUCUAAAAAGAGAGAGUUUUAAAAACACUGCAAUUGAUAAAAAUACAUAAGCGAGGAUGCCGCCCACAAUUAACGGCAAUGGCACCAAUCCGUCGACAGAAAAAAGACCUCCGCGCCCAACAGAUAGAAAAUCUGAGCUUAUUUGCCGUGUUAAAUAUGGCAACAAUCUACCCGAUAUUCCUUUUGAUUUGAAAUUCUUAAUGUACCCUUUCGAUGGACAUCGUUUUGUUCAAUACAACCCGACUUCGUUGGAGCGCAGCUACAAAUACGAUGUUCUCACCGAACACGACCUCGGUGUCACUAUCGAUUUGAUUAAUCGUGACUUGUACCAGUCCGAUUCCUAUACCCAACUCGAUCCAGCCGAUGAAAAGUUACUGGAAGAAGAUGUCCAUACACCACAUGAUUCGAUGCGUUCGCGUCAACAUUCGCGAAGUGUCUCGUGGUUGAGAAAGUCCGAGUACAUUUCUACCGAACAGACUCGCUUCCAGCCUCAAAAUAUCGAAAAGAUCGAAGCUAAGGUCGGUUAUAACGUGAAGAAAAGUCUUCGAGAGGAAACCCUCUACUUGGACCGAGAAGCCCAAAUCAAAGCCAUUGAAAAGACCUUCGAAGACUCUAAAAUUGAAAUCACUAAACAUUACAGCAAAGCAAAUGUUGUACCCACAGAGGUGCUGCCCGUAUUUGCUGAUUUCAAAAACUGGAAAUAUCCCUGCGCCCAGGUCAUAUUCGAUAGUGAUCCGGCUCCGAUUGGAAAGAAUGUACCGGCUCAGCUGGAGGAAAUGUCUCAGGCUAUGAUUCGUGGUGUGAUGGACGAGAGUGGAGAACAGUUUGUAGCUUACUUCUUACCAACGGAGAAGACUUUGGAGAAACGUCGUGAUGACUUUACCAAUAAUUUGAUCUACAAGGAGGACGAGGAAUAUGAAUAUAAAAUCGCUAGAGAAUACAACUGGAACGUCAAGAGUAAGGCGUCUAAGGGAUACGAAGAGAACUAUUUCUUUGUUAUGCGAAACGAUGGAGUUUACUAUAAUGAGUUGGAGACACGAGUUCGGCUCAGUAAACGUCGUGUCAAGGCUGGUCAACCUCCGAACAACACCAAACUGGUAGUAAAACAUCGACCUUUGGAUGCAAACGAACAUCGCAUUCAGCGAUAUCGCGAAAAGCAAUUGGAACCGGCUGGCGAUGAUGAAGAAGAAGAGGAUGAGGAGAUGGAAGAAGAUGAAGAAGAGAUUGAAGUAACUCAACCAACAGAGACGCAAGAAACUGAGGGAACUAAGAAUACUGAAGAAGAAGCUCAAGUUGAGAAGGAUCGUGUAUCGCGUUCUAGGUCGAAGUCUCACGCGAAAUCUCGUUCAAGAUCAAAAUCUCGUGUAAAAUCACGCUCCAGAUCAAAGUCUAUGGCGAAAUCUCGCUCACGUUCACACUCUGGUUCGAAGUCGGGAUCAUCUUCAAGAUCGAGAAGUCGAUCCAAAUCCUCAUCGAAGUCUGGAUCGAGGUCAAGAUCUGGAUCAAGGUCAAGGUCACGUUCCCGCAGCAAGUCGGGCUCAGCUUCGAGAAGUCGCUCUCGAUCAAGUCGGUCUGGAUCGAGAUCGCAAUCGAGAUCUGUAAGUCGAUCUCGCUCACGAUCACGUAGUGGAUCAAAGUCGCAAUCCCGUUCGAGAUCACGGUCACGCUCGAAUUCAAAAUCAAAAUCGGGGUCACGUUCGCCUUCUGGCUCCAGAUCGGGAUCCGGAUCACGUUCCCCAAGUCGGUCUAGAAGUGGUUCACCAAGCGGAUCAGGAUCUGGAAGCGGCUCAGAUGAAGAAUAAAUAUUUUGAUUAAAACUCUACUUUGAAGUUUAAACCUUUUAUUGUAAUGAGAAAAAAUAAAUAAAAACAAAACGUCUUUUGAAUAA